AUGGGGAGAGGGAGAACGGAGAUAAAGAGGAUCGAGAACCCCAACCAGAGGCAGUCCACUUUCUAUAAAAGAAGGGAUGGCCUGUUCAAGAAAGCAAGGGAGCUCUCUGUCCUCUGCGACGCCGACCUCCUCCUCCUCCUCUUUUCCUCUUCCGGCAAGCUCUAUCAGUAUCACUCCCCCUCUGUUCCCAGUGCCAAGGAGCUGAUAGAAAGGUAUGAGUUGGCUACCCAAACAAAGAUUUGGAGAGACUAUAUCGUGGACCGCAAUGCGGAGAUUGUGAAGGUGGAGCAACUGUGUGACGCUUUAGAAAAGCAACUCAGGUUCAUGAAGGUCGACGAGGGACAAGAGUACUCUCUGCCUGAUUUGAGUAAUGUGGAGCACAGCUUGGAGAUGGGCAUCAGCAAGGUUCGAGUUGAGAUGGAGAGGAAAAUAGGAGGGCAGAUGAACAAGCUGGAAAGCAUGAUUAACCUUUAUGUUGAUGAUGUUUUCACCAUUUUUAAGGUAAGAGAUCGGCAACAAGAAAGAUACGGACUCUGUGAUAAGAUUGAUGGUACAAAAGCUGCCAUCCAUUUGGGAUUGUCAGUGGAAACUAGUAAAAUUUAG